GUAGCAGCAAGUCUUGUUGGUGUGAAUGACUUGACAAACACACUGACAACAGCUCAGCAGGCGAGACGGUUGCGGAAAACGGAGGGACAUUUUUCUUUUGUAACUUCUUCCCGCUACCUUCCUUCCUCCACCUGUAUGACUGCGUGAAGACACAAGCGACUCAGCUAUGGAGAGCUCCAUUGAGGUUUCCACGACUGAUGGCACCUCUAACCCCAAACCAUCUCUGGCCCCCAAACCUCGGCUCACUCCCAAGCCCUUUUCUCUGCAGAAGAACACCACCAUUCGCUCCAUCCGUGCCCCAAAGACGGUUGCUCCAACCUCUCAGAAAACAACACAGCAGACUGGAAAAUCUGAGGCCACAGGUGUCCCCAAACCGACUGUGAAGACACCCGCUCAGGAACCCGCUCAGGAACCCGCUCAGGAACCCGCUCAGGAACCCGCUCAGGAACCUGCUCAGGAACCCCCUCGACAAACCACCACCUCUGAUUCCAAACCCAGCCCUGUGAGUGUGCUCGCCAAAGAUCGACCAAAAGCAACCAAAGAAAGCAAAGCGAGUGGAGAGGAUACUCUUCAUUCUAGUGUAGGAAAAUCUGAUCCAGCCUCACAAACCGCUCCACCCAAAGAGGCUCCCAAGUCCGAGCCAAUCCAGAAAGACGAUGUCAUCCAGGCAAACCACAAAGCAUCCACAGAUAUUGUAACUAAACCAGAACAGAAAGAGGAAAAAAAGAAAGAAGAUGAAACUCAGACUUCUGCCGUCCAAAAUGUUGAAGAAUCAGGCGGUGAUGUUUCCUCUGCAGACAAUCCUGCACAUGAAUGGGGCGGCAGCAGGAAGCGUCUGUCCAUGAAGCUCACUUCGAAGUUUGAGUCUGCUGCCCCAUCUCUGCCCCCGCAGCCAAGUGUAAGCAUCUCUACAACCAGCACCAACGUCGACACAAACAAGCCAGAGCCUUCAGAUCCAGAGCCGACAAACAGAGGGAGCGACGAUGGUGCGCCGAAGGAGGAUUACAGCGGGGGAGGCAGCAUAAAACGCAGAAUCAGUCUCCUGUUUGACUCUUCAUCGAAGCCAGAGGCCGUGACAAAGAGAGAUGAGCCAGAAAUUCUGAAUGGUUCAGAAAGUGUAAAGGGUGUAAAGGAGAGAAUCAAAAUCUGGGCCACGGAAACAAUCCCUGAGGGUCCCAAGACUGAGAAGAAGCCUCAGGUUGCACCCCGAUCUCGCUCUAAGAGCUUUGAGCCAGCAACUGCUCCAACAGUAGAGAAAAUGCCACCCGCUGAACCUCCUGCAACCGGGAUUUCGCAGAGUCAGGCUGUGGACCUUCCUUCAAAGGUGUCGCCCGCUGAACCAUCCACAGAGACCCCAAUGGAAAUAUCUAAAGACGUUCUCAUUGACGUCAAGUCAUCGGAAAGCUCAAGAGAGACAUCAGGAGAGCAUAUACAGAACAAAUCAACAGAGGGUGAUCGCAGCUCAUAUACACCUCACCCUGCCACUGAUGAGGGAGACUCAUCCGCGGGGGAAAGUGCUGAACACGAGGCACCAAAGAGGAACAAUGUCAAACGGCGCUCUGUUCGCUUCGGUGUCGUGGAAAGAGAUGAUGGUGGGCCUCCAUUGAUCCUGGGCUCAGCAUCUUCCAGCGAGGAAGAAGAAGAAGAAGAGGCUUCUGAGGAGGAAACUGAGGAGGACGUCCCUGUCUACACAAGAGUAGGAGGUCUUCAGAAGAAGGCUGAUGAUGAGGCGAAAGAGCAAGAAGAGGAACGACUGAAACAUUUGGAAUUUGAAAAAAGACGGAGAGCAGAGGAGAACAAACAGGCAAGACUCAAGUUGGAAGAGGAGCGGAUAAGAAAAGAAGAAGAAGAAAGGUUGAAAGAAAAGGCAAGGCAGAGGGAAAAGGAGGAAAGGGAGAGGCUGAAGGAAGAGGAAAUGGAGAGAGAAAGGUUGAAAGAAGAAGAGAGGGAGAGGGAAAGACAGGUGGAGUUGAUGUGGCAGAGACAGAGAGAAGAGGAAAGAGAGAAGGCGAAACAGAAAGAGGAGAGACUUAAACAAGAUCAGGAGGAGAGGGAAAAGGAGAGAUUGACAGAGGGGGAGAGACAGAGGGUGAGAGAGGAGGAAGCCAAGGGAUCAAUUCACAGCCAUGAGGAAGACGGAUUGGUGGGAAAACUGAGAGAAAAGCAAAGUAAUAAAAAGAAACAAAGAGAGGAGGAAUGGGAAAAGGCGUGGAUGAGCCAGGCAGAGAGGCUGAGAGGAGAAGAAGAAGAGCGGGAAAGAGGGAAGCAGUUGGUGUGGCAGAGCCACAAAGAGGAGGACAGGGAGAAGGCGAUACAGAAAGAGGAGAGACUCAGACAAGAUGAGGAGGAGAGGAAAGAGAAGAAUCAGAGACCGAAGGAGGAGGAGGACGAGAGAUCGAUUAACGGCCACGAGGAAUACAGACAGGAGGGAAUAUUGAGAGAGAAAGAAAUAAAUAAAAAGAAACAAAGAGAGGAGGAGUGGGAAAAAGCGUGGGUGAACGAGGCAAACAAGCUGAGAGGAGCAGAAGAAGAAGAGAGGGAAAGAGAGAAAGAGUUAGAGGUAAAGUGGCAGAGGCAGAAAGAGGAGGACAGGGAGAGGGCGAGACAGAAAGAGGAGAGACUCAGACAAGAGGAGAGGGAGAAAGAAAGAGAAAGAGAGGAGGCGAAGGAAAGAGAAAGAGAGAGGCAAAGGGGGCUGAAAGAACAGGAAGAAGAGAUAGAGAGACAGAGGGAAGAGGAAAGGAAGAGACAGAUAGAAAAAGAAAGAGCGGAGGAGCUAGAGAGAAAAAUGCGGGAGGAAUUGGACAGAAAGCAGAGAGAAAGAGAGAGGCAACAGAAGCUGAAAGAGCAACAAGAAAAAGAAGAAGAUAUGGAGAGAAUGAGGCAAAUAGAGAUAGAAAGACAGAGAGAGGAGGAGAGGAGGGAAGAGGAAAGGAAGAGUCAGAGAGAGGAGGAGAGAAGGGAAGAGGAAAGGAAGCAUCAGAGAGAGGAGGAGAGAAGGGAAGAGGAAAGGAAGAGUCAGAGAGAGGAGGAGAGAAGGGAAGCGGAAAGGAAGAGUCAGAGAGAGGAGGAGAGAAGGGAAGAGGAAAGGAAGAGUCAGAGGGAGGAGGAGAGAAGGGAAGAGGAAAGGAAGAGUCAGAGAGAGGAGGAGAGAAAGGAAGAGGAAAGGAAGCGUCAGAGAGAGGAGGAGAGAAGGGAAGAGGAAAGGAAGAGUCAGAGAGAGGAGGAGAGAAGGGAAGAGGAAAGGAAGAGUCAGAGGGAAGAGGAGAGAAGGGAAGAGGAAAGGAAGCGUCAGAGAGAGGAGGAGAGAAGGGAAGAGGAAAGGAAGAGUCAGAGAGAGGAGGAGAGAAGGGAAGAGGAAAGGAAGCGUCAGAGAGAGGAGGAGAGAAGGGAAGAGGAAAGUCAGAGUCAGAGGGAGGAGGAGAGAAGGGAAGAGGAAAGGAAGAGUCAGAGAGAGGAGGAGAGAAGGGAAGAGGAAAGGAAGAGUCAGAGGGAAGAGGAGAGAAGGGAAGAGGAAAGGAAGCGUCAGAGAGAGGAGGAGAGAAGGGAAGAGGAAAGGAAGAGUCAGAGAGAGGAGGAGAGAAGGGAAGAGGAAAGGAAGCGUCAGAGAGAGGAGGAGAGAAGGGAAGAGGAAAGGAAGAGUCAGAGGGAGGAGGAGAGAAGGGAAGAGGAAAGGAAGAGUCAGAGAGAGGAGGAGAGAAGGGAAGAGGAAAGGAAGCGUCAGAGAGAGGAGGAGAGAAGGGAAGAGGAAAGGAAGAGUCAGAGGGAGGAGGAGAGAAGGGAAGAGGAAAGGAAGAGUCAGAGAGAGGAGGACAGAAGGGAAGAGGAGAGAAAAAUGCGAGAGGAAUUUGACAGAAAGCGAGCACAAGAAAAGGAAGAAAGGCUAAGAAUGGAGGUCGAAGUUGUUUACGAUGACUUCUCCGUCAGAACGCCACAUAUGAAUGUGGAUUUUGACGACUUUUCAGUCAAACCGAAGAGACGGGGCUUGCAGGCUAAAGUAGAAACUACUCCGCUCAUGCAGAGUUGGGCAGCUGUCCCUGUGGAUAAAGAGGAAGUUGUUGAAGCGCUGGCGCCCCUGGAUGUCGGUCCUCGUGAAGAUAAAGUGCCAGAGCAGGUGGAAAAACCAGACAGCCCAAAGCUUCCAUUAGCCCAGCAGAAUCCAGAGGAGGAACAGCUCAUCUCCAUGGAGGUGGAGGAGGAGGAGGAGACAAAGGAAGACAAAGUGGAAGAAGAAGACGAACAGGAGUCACCGGUUAACAGUUAUAGCACAACGGGUGAAGACAAUGAUGCUUUGAUAGACGAUGAGCCAGACCAGCAGAACGAGGCCUGCGAACACACAUCUGACAUUGUCAGUCCAAAGCCCGUCCCUGAGCAGGUUCCUGAAGUCCCCUCUGAAGACGCUGGUCACACAGAGCCUGAGCAGGUUCCAUUCCCUGAGAGCUCCACUCCUCUCCUGGACACUAGCGCUCAGAGAUCAAAGGCAGAUCUGGGCAAGAGGCGAUGUCGGGCGCGUCCGUCACGCUCGCUCCGUGGGGGUUUUCCUCCGAAGGAAAGCCCGGACUGGAGGACCCGUGACUCCACAGAUGAAAGGGAGGCAUCUUCUGAGCAAAGGGAGUCGGACUCUGAGGAGGAGCAGCCUAAACCGAAAGUGGCUCGCUCUCCUCCCACCUCUCAGAGAAUCCCCAUGUUCCCUGGUUUGAGCCCUUCAGCCCUAAUUGCUCAGUUAAAAAGGAGAACUGUUGGAGGAGGAACCGGAGGCGGAGGAGAGGAAACAGCAGAGGACAAGGGAAGAGAAGAGAAGAAAAGUCAAAGUGAUGAAGCAGCGCCGUCUCCCUCACAACUCUCCCGCUCUCCUCGCUCUGCCGCACAUCUCGCGGGGGCUGCACGAGUACUGCCACCCUUAGGCGGCACAGACGUAGGUGCCGUCUCUUCUCCCGCUUGGCUGAAAGAACUGAAGUCUAAGAAGCGCCUGAGUCAGUAUGACGGCGAGGCUUAGCCAGACGCAGGAGACACCGUGCCAUUGCUGUUGAGGAAGAAUCAAUCCAUCUCAGCUGCUGCUGAUGCUGCUGCUGACAGACACCUUGCCAUGAUUGCUCCAUUUUCAACUUUAAGUGCCUUAUUUUGGACCUUUACAGAGAAAUGCAGGAAGGGAAUUCAGGCCUUUGCUAAAUGUAGACGCCAUCAAGCACUUUUCUGGCUUGUAAAUGAAAUAUGGUGCCAAGACAAGUGAUGUGUUAAUGCCAAGUCCAUGCUUUAUCUACUGCUGUACAGAGGCUCAACAGAGGCAGAAUACCCCAAUGCAACUUAGAGCAAAGCCAUGGACUGUCUUAUUGUUUGAAUGUGUUAGUCCAUUAUAUACUGACAGGGACUGACGACACUAGGCCUUCAGCAGGGUAUCUGCCUUCACACAUACACACUUUUGUACAGAGAAUAUUGAAUAUAAAUAAUGGAUUGCACCAUGUGUGUAUUAAGUUUAAAUUGUACAAAAUGCCUUUUACAUUAUCUUUCCAAUCACAAGUAAACAAGUACUUUUAAGCACUUUAUAACAAAUAACCGUCCAUACAGUACAUCUAAGCAAUAGCAUAAUCAAGUAACUGUAGUAACAUGGUCGUGGGAAUUUUUUCUAUUUGUUUAACUAUGAAUGUCUCUUCUCUUUACUUUACAAAAUGUAAAGGCACAAUUAGUAGGAUUUUCCUAAAAAACAAUGUAUAGAAUCACGCUAAAAUAAUCCCUCUUAAUCAUAUGAACCACCAGAAAUGUGUGCCAAUGUCUGUAUCUGCAGAGACCUCUGCCUGGAUUUUCGAAAAACAAAGUGACCAGGUGCCAGAUCAUGAGCACGGAUGCAGAAAACUAAGAAAAUUGUGGACAGAAAACGGCAAUAUAGCGAGGCGAAACGCCAAGCGGAUGAUUGUCGUUCUGGCGAGCACCAUAACCCCUGUUGAGCCGGGGCGGAGGGGCCAACUUUUAAUUUUGUGUUUACAAACUGCAAUCAACAAAUCCUACUUAUUGUGCCUUUAAAGAUGCACUUCCUGUUUUUUUUAUUAAAAUGCCCAAUAGCAAUAAUAACACCAACAGUGAGCUGGGAACGGACAUUUUGAGCAUGCUGUAACAGAAUCAGGAAGUGUGUUUUGUAAAAUCUUAAACCCAGAAAAAUGCAAUCAUCUGCUCUAGAUGCAUUUAUGUGCCUUUUUUUAAUGUCAAAGUGUGUCAUCAAUGCUGUAAUCAUUUAUGAUCAACAUACUGUAUGAUAAGAGGAAAUUGAGGGAAUAUUAUUAAAACUUUUUAUAUGAAAUGCAA